AAGACAGGACCGAAAGUGUACAUAUAAGAAGCUAUUCCGUAGACCUACAUCCUAACUAUCUUUCAUCCUUUUCUUUACCAUUCAAUCAUAUCAACAUGUCUUCCUUGACCGUCCUCGUGCUUGGCGGUACUGGCCCCGCUGGUAUCUGUCUUCUCCGGGAACUGCUUCAUCGCAAGCACAAAGUAGUAGCAUUUGCGCGAAGUCCUCAAAAGGUCCCAGAGGACCUAGCAUCUGAUCCACUGCUCGAGAUUGUCAAAGGAGAUCUAUCUGACAAGGAAGCUCUCUCGAGGGCAAUGGCCAAGGUCGACAUUGUCCUUUCGCUCCUUGGACCCCAGAUCAGUGAUCGCACGACAUCUCCAAAUGCCAUCCCCGACUUUUAUAAAAACUCUGUCUUUCCUGCAAUGCGCAAACAUGGCGUCAAGCGAAUUUUCGCCAUGGGAACGCUCUCCCUCUCCCAGCCUGAAGACUCAUGGACUUUCAUUCGACCAGCGAUGGUUCUCAUGGUACGCACCAUAGCAUCAAAUGCUUAUCGUACUAUUAUCCAGACGGGCCAGGUGUUCGAGAACGAUGCAAAGGACAUUGAUUGGACCAUCUACCGUAUUGCAGCUAUACCUGGGGGCUCAGACAAGGAAAGCUGGGCGAAUGACAGGCAGGAUGGUAAGGCUUUUGUGGGAUAUUGUGGACAGAAAGGCCAUACGUAUUCUCAGCGGAGGGGUGCGCUGGCGAAAUGGCUUGUUGAUGCUGCUGAGGAUGGGUUGCAGGAUUGGGUGCGCAAGAUGCCUGCAGUUUCCAAGCUGGCUGGUAGCUGA